UUCAGCUGUGAAUAACAGUCACAUCCUGGUGACAAACUCAAUGACCUGGUCUGAUGCUCAGUCUUACUGCAGACAGACGUACACGGACCUGAGCACCAUCACCGACUGGUCGGACAACAGCCAGAUAGCUUUUAUGUUGCCAACUACUGUUGAUGCCUGGAUUGGACUGUACAGAACCUGGAUGUGGUCCAACUCGAGCACAGCCUCCAACCUGCCGUGGGGGCCCGGGCAGCCUGAUAACAGCGUAAACUGUGCCACAAUAGUCGGAUCAACGGGCUCCUUCCACAGUCAUAACUGUGGUGACCAACGCCCCUUCCUCUGCUCCAGAGAUGUCAAACCUUCAGCCUCGAGGUCAGUGAAGGUUCAGCUGAGGGCAGGAUCUGCAGACCUGAACGACCCCACAGUGCAAGAAUCCAUCCUGCAGCAGGUGAGGGAGAAGCUGGUGGAGCAAGGGAUCAGAGAGGAGGUGAAGCUGAGGUGGAGGACGCAGCCUGAUGGGAAGAUUUUCCACAGAGAGGAGGAGACAGCGCCACCCGGUUACUGUGAGAAGGAAGACUGUGGGUCGGUUUAGUCUGAACGUUGUUGGCUGAUGUUCCUCAGAUGAUCUGUUGUGUAAUUCAACUUAUUUCCAUCUCUGUACUCUGACUGCUGGACUGUAGCAGCGUAGCUUUGCAUGACUGACAGUUGGAAAUAAUCCUUCUUUAUCCUAAGCUCAGAUCACAGAGUGUCUGAUGAGCUGUUUUAUGCCUCUUUGUUUCUUCUGAUUGGUGAAGCUAACGUUUGCAGGUGAGCGGACCUUCUGUGUCUCAGAUAUAAAUGUUCAUGAUAUCCUGUCUCUACAUAUGAAAGUUCAAGAGGAGAACAAAGUGAACCUGAGUGUUCAGAGCAGCCUGAUGUCUGAGCUUUUUGACUUCAUACAUCAUAUUUCAAAUGAGCACCCAGCAAUAUAACAGUAGAUAUGCCGUAUAUGUCAGUGAAUGGGGCAUUUAUGCUCUCUAUUAUGAUAUUAAAUAUACAUUUUUCUGUAAAAGUCUCAGAAAUGUCUCUGCUGCUGUUUGACUCUGUAAACUACAGUGAUGGCUCUGCAUCCAUCUUCAUUGUAAACUCUAUUCAAUAAAGUCUAUUCAUAUUUUAUUGUCCCUGUCACAACUUUUGAGUUGCUUCAUUUUUAUGCUCUUAUUUUGAAUUUGAUGCCAGUAACACACAUCAUAAAGGCUGAGACAACAUGAAGUUUAAUGCUAAAAAAUAAGACGUCUCACAUACAGUGAAGCUGAUUGGCAGGACAGCAGUCACAUGACUGGCUAUGAAAUCC